GAGUGGCUUCCGGCCCCAGAUCUGCAGGCGGCGGCGACCUCUGUUCCUCUCGGGCAGGAGAUGGUGACCUUCAGGGACGUGGCCGUGGUCUUCUCCGAGGAGGAGCUGGGGCUGCUGGUCCCCGCGCAGAGGAAGCUGUACCGCGAUGUAAUGCUGGAGACCUUCCAGAACCUGCUCUCCGUGGCGCACCAGCCCUUCAAACCCGACCUGAUAGCCUGGCUGGAGAGAGAAGGAAAGAUCCCAGUGGUGAAGAGGGCAGGCCGGAGCCCGGGGAGCCCAGGAGGCAAGAAUCAAGACGGGUCGGAAUGUAUGCAAGGAACGGGACUCGGCCACCUUCCCUCGGCCAGGGAGCCUCGUGCCUGGCGGACCUGGCAGCCAGCUGCAGGUGCGUUAGCCACGGGCCCAGAUUCCACACAGACUUGUCCAGGGAAGAGUUUGCAGCUCCAGAAUCCAGGAGAUGCCCCUGUCUGCGGGGUUUGGCCGGGAACACCAGCGGUGCAGAUUUCUGAAAAUGGCAGCUACCUGUGGACUCACACGGGGCAUGGCUGCCACAAUGCAGAAAACUCAGCGUCUUCCUGUUGGCCGGCCCAGCCUCCUUGGAGGAGCACGUGUCUGGCAGGGUCACGGAGCCAUCGGUGUCAGUGUCCACACAUUUCCGUGGAAACUCACUCUGCAGAGGGUGACAGUGGCGCCCGUUGGAUCUCCCAUCCGGAGCGUAAUGUGGCAGGGCGAAGCCACCCUUCCCAUGGCUGUGGAGAAGAUCCCAUGAAGGCAUCAUUAGUGCCCCAGCCCCCAAGGCAAACGGGACAGAAGCUGGCCCCGAGCCCUGAGCGUCCGCAAGACGACCAGGACAACAGCAGCUCUGGCGGCCGUCCGAGGUUGCACUUGGAGGGGAGGCCUGGCACAUGCCAGUGGUGUGGCGACAGCUGCGCUUGUGGCUCAGCGCAUGCACAUCCAAGCCUGGCGAGAGGAGGCACAGGUGUCAGGGAGAGCUCACCGCUGACAGCUCCACAGAGCGGGUCUGCCCAGGACCAGCUGUGCGCAUGUGACGAGCACGGGGACAGCUGCCAUCAGCUGGCCUCUGCUAGCGCUCAGGAGCGUCUUUGCGCAGGAGAGACGGCCUGUGGCUGCCGCAGCUCCGGGAGAGCCUGCCCUCCUCACUUAGACCAUGAUGGCAUCUUCAGGGUCCACGUUGUGGCGGACCCCCGUGGGGCUGAGAACGGGGACGUCCGUGAACAGAACACCUGUUUCCACGCCCCUCAGAGGAGUCACCAAGCGGGGAAGGUGUGCACAGCUGCGGGGUGUGGAGAGGGGCGCGCGUGCAGUUCAAACAGGGACCCUCAACGUGGAGAUGGCCCGGCGGAGAAGCCCUCCUAUGACCCUGAGGAGCGUAGUGAUGCUCUCAGGCUCGUCUCCCGCGUUCCAGACCUCCCCCCAGUCGACCUCAGGGACCAGCCACGCAGGUAUUACAUGUACAGUAAGCACUUGGGUCAGAACUUCUAUCCUCAAGGCCAUGAGAAAAUUCACCUUGGGGAGAGGCCUUGCAAGGAGUGUGGUAGGGCCCUCAGCUGGGGUUCCAGUCCUGAGGCUCGCCAGGACGCCCACCCCCGGUCGAAACCGCGCACAUGCAGCGCCUGCGGCAAAGGCUUCAGCCACAAGUCUGUCCUCCGCGUCCCCCAGCGGCUGCACACGGGCGAGAAGCCCUACAAGUGCGCCGAGUGCGAGAAGGCGUUCAGCCGGAGCGCCUACCUCCAGGCGCACCAGCGGGUGCACACCGGGGAGAAGCCCUUCAAGUGCGCCCAGUGCGGCAAGGGCUUCAGCCGGAGCUCCCACCUGCAGGGCCACCAGCGCGUGCACACGGGCGAGAAGCCCUUCAGGUGCGCCGAGUGCGGCAAGCGCUUCAGCUGGAGCUUCAACCUGCAGAUCCAUCAGAGGGUCCACACCGGCGAGAAGCCCUACAAGUGUGCCGAGUGCGGCAAGGGCUUCAGCAAGGCGGCCACGCUCCUGGCCCACCAGAGGGUCCACACUGGCGAGAAGCCUUACCGCUGCGAGGAAUGCGGGAGGCGCUUCAGCCAGCGGGCCUACUUGCAGAGCCACCGGAGCGUCCACUCGGGCGAAAGGCCACAUGUGUGUGAGCUCUGCGGGAAGGGCUUCAGCCAGCGGGCGUACCUGCAAGGUCACCAGCGGGUCCACACCAGAGUGAAGCCGUACCAGUGCGCCGUGUGCGGCAAGGGCUUCAGCCAGAGCUCGCGGCUGGAAGCGCACCAGCGCGCGCACGCCGGCGGGAAGCCCUACAGGUGCGCGGUGUGCACCAAGGGCUUCAGCGAGAGCGCGCGCUUGCAGGCGCACCAGCGGGUGCACGCGGCAGGGCGCCCCUACAAGUGUGAGCAGUGCGGGAAGGGCUUCAGCGGCUACUCGAGCCUACAGGCCCACCACAGAGUGCACACGGGCGAGAAGCCCUACACGUGUGCGGUGUGCGGGAAGGGCUUCAGCCAGAGAUCUAACCUGCAGGCCCACCAGAGGGUGCACACGGGCGAGACGCCCUACACGUGUGACGCCUGCGGGAAGGGUUUCCGCUGGAGCUCGGGACUGCUGAUCCACCAGAGGGCGCACGGUGGGGAGAAGGGAUGCGCCCCGGGGCAGUGCGCGCAGGCCUCGGCUGCACCCCAAGUCUGCGCGCCAGUCAGGGCCUGUGAAACGCAAGUCCCUGAGCGGGAGCUGAUACUCAGUCAGCUCUAACAGUAAAAAAAUAAAAAAGCUUCUGGGGAGCCUUCUUGGGGAUUGGAAAUGCACCGCUUCUCUCCAGCCUCAGCACUCAGGAGCCCACCCGGCAGAGACCUCCGCUGCGAAAGAGCUGUGUCAACCGCGCACGGAGCUGGAGCUCAGGAAACGCCAAGCGUGGCCAGGAACUGAACCAAGUGCAGUCAACAGGCCGACGUUCAUGUCCGGUGAAAUGAAAGUCCACUGAGGAAAAGGAAUUUUGUUCCUUGCUAGGGCUACAAAACUCAAUGAAGAUUUUGCUAAAGGAGUAAAAGAAUAUAAAAUAUUUAUCAUGUUUGAAGAUUUUAUUAGACUCACUUAAAGAUUAUUUAAAACGUAUUUGGAGAACUAUGAGUUCUUGACAUAACUUUAGACACAUGAUUUGACAUGUGGAAACAGGAAACACGUGAGUUUGCGUGGCCCCUCCUGGGGUUGGCUCCCUCCCUUAAGUGGGAGCGUGCCGCGGUGGCCAGCCACUGGGCGCUUUCUCCUUGGUCCUUGCCAGUGGGGAUGCAGCGCCGUGCACCCGUGUGUGUACACCUGUGCGCUGUGCAGGCUGCGUGAGCUGACAGUGUUUCUGGAUAGCUCAGCAAAGAUGCAACACUCCAUUUUUGCAUAACUGAUUUUUUUUUGACUCUUGCUCUGUGUGCUGAAUGCAGAGUUUCACUGUAGUAUUUGGAACAUUCUAGAAAUGAUUCCUGAUGACAGAUCAUUUUCAAUAAAUGUGGAAGUCACAAUGCUUGGAUC